AUGAAUAUACUGGAAAUACCCAAGUAUCUAUUUUUUUUAAAAAUAUUUUUUGAGAAAAUUAUUUCAAUUGAAGAUAUAUUUUAUUAUAUUGGUGACAUUAUGAAAGAAAUGAUGGAAGGACAAAAUAUACGAGAAGAGAAAGUAGCUGAAUUAUUAAAAGAUAGAUUAGAUUUAUAUAUAGAUAAUGAGGAUGAAUACGAGAUAUUAAAAGAAAAUGAUAUUGGCAUGUUAUUAAAAUCUUCAUUUUCUAAUUUUAUAUUAGAAUCUAUAGGAUGGACAUAUGAGAAUAUUUCUAAUAUUGUUUUAGAAGAAAAAGAAUUUUCUGAUAUAAAUAAAAAAGUUAUAUAUAUAAAAGAAGUCAAUGAGAGAAUGAUUAGAAAUUCAAUUAUUUUGAGACAAUGUAAAAGUUGCUUUAUAUCUAUAAUAAAAAGUUAUUAUCCUUUUAUAAAGCAGGCACAAUAUGUGUCCUCAUCUAAUUAUGUAUUGAAUGAUAUAAAAAAUAAUAUAGACUAUCGUAUGGAUAAUAUACAUAGAUCUAUUGAUAAUUCAUACAAUGAAUAUAUAUUAAAUUUAUUAGAGGAAGAAAAAAAUAAAAUCCUAGAAGAUAUAUUGAGGAAUAUUUUAAAAAUUAUUUUGUGUGAUGUUGAAACAAAAGUAGAACAUCAACACAUAUAG